UGUAAAAUCAAUAGAUCUUCCAUCACAAAACCUCCAAAAAUGCUUCACUACCAUGAAUCCCUCUCCGCUCUGAUCCUCAUCGCCGCACUAGCCUUCCUCUCACGGCUACUCUUCCACCGCCCCCGGCCGCGAAAGCUUCCACCGGGGCCCACGCCAUGGCCGAUCAUCGGCAACAUCCACCUCCUCGGCCCGUCCCCGCACCGCUCCCUCCACUCCCUCUCCCAAAAACACGGCGAUCUAAUGCUCAUCAAGCUAGGCUCUUCACCAUCUCUCAUCGCCUCCUCCCCCGAGAUGGCGAAACAGUUCCUCAAGGUCCACGACGCCAACUUCGCCACCCGGCCCGCCCUCGCCGCCGGCAAAUACACCGCCUACAACUACUCCGACAUGACCUGGUCCCCCUACGGCCCCUACUGGCGCCAAGCCCGUAAAAUCUUCCUCUCGGAAGUCUUCAACCCUAACCGGCUCGAAUUCUUCAAGCCGGUCCGGGAUGAGGAAGGCAGGGCCUUCCUCUCCCGCCUGCAUGCCCUCUCGGGAAAGCCGGUCGUGCUGAGGGGGCAUUUGUCCCGAUUUACGCUCUCGAACAUAAGUAGGAUGGUCGUGAGCAAUAAGUAUUUUGGCGAUAAAGAUCAAGGGUCGGUUUUCGAGCUUGGGGAGCUGCAGGGGAUGUUGGAUGAGUGGUUUUUGCUGAAUGGGGUGUUUAAUGUGGGAGAUUGGAUACCGUGGCUCGGCUUCCUCGACUUGCAAGGCUAUGUGAGAAGGAUGAAGGAGCUGUAUAAGAAGCUUGAUAGGUUUAAUGAGCAUGUGAUUGAUGAUCAUCAGGCUAGGAGAUCGGGUUGUGCGAACGAGAAAUUUAUCCCCGGAGAUUUGGUGGAUGUGUUGUUGGUGAUGGCUGAGAAGCCUGAUCUUGAGGUUAAAUUGACAAGAGAUGGUGUCAAAGCAUUUUUGCAGGACUUGCUAACCGGUGGCACGGACACCUCGGCUAAAACAGUCGAAUGGGCUAUCCACGAAGUAAUGAGGCACCCUCGAGUGGCUGAAAAGGCGAGAGAAGAAUUAGACCGGGUAAUCGGAAGGGAGAGAUGGGUAGAAGAGAGCGACUACGCUCAAUUACCUUACAUGGAUGCCAUAAUCACGGAGACGUGGAGGCUGCAUCCGCUAUCCCCGUUGCUACCACCCCAUUGUGCGAUUGAGGACUGCACGGUUGCAGGGUACGACAUACCAAAGGGGACGCCCGUGAUCAUCAACACAUGGAGCAUAGGGCGGGAUCCAAACUCGUGGGACGCGCCUGUAGAGUUCUUGCCUGAGAGAUUUAUCGGAAAAGAUGUUGAUAUGAUGGGAAGUAACUUUGCCCUCUUGCCAUUUAGCUCCGGGAGGAGGAGAUGCCCCGGGUACAAGCUUGGACUUAAGCUUGUUCGGACAACGCUGGCUAAUUUGUUGCAUGGUUUCGAUUUGAGGUUGGUUGAGGGCAUGAAGCCUCAAGAUGUGUGUGUUGAGGAACUAUAUGGACUCACUGUGCAUCCUAAAGAGCCUCUUCAACUUAUCAUGGAACCUAGACUUCCAUCUCACCUAUACUAAGUUAUGUUCCUUGCAUUUAUUUAAUUGAGCAUGAUUUAUGUUGUUCUUUUCAGCAUUCUGUUUCUUU